AUGAAGGCCGACCGCGACCCAAACCGUGAAGGGGGAACGCUUUUCCGCACCAACUUGCAAACCCAACUUUCCAAGCGGGCGCCCAACGGGACUAAGAAGAUUGCCACGGUGCAGCACGUUACCAAGAAGCAAAGGACGACGCGUGACGGACCCACGGACGUCGAGAUGGAAGAAGCGUUCAAGCUACCUGAGUCGGAAAAGGCCGGAUCGGAAGACGAGAAUGGAGGCUGUCUGCUGAGUUUCGGUCAAGUCGACACCAGGCUUCGGAUGAUCUGUGGAUUGUUGAUACAGGAGCUGGACUGGGGAUAA